CUGUAUUUUCCUCCCCUUUUGGUUGUCAAGAAGAUGGCAGCUUCCAGGCAGGCAUGAGAGGGAAUACUUAAUCACAAAUCGAAUGAACUUGGACUAGUGAUUCAAGAGUAGACCCUCAAAUCAUCUCAUUGGAAAUAGUGCGUCGAACGAAGUAAGUAAUUCGUAUUAUGGACGUCAGGUUUUGUGACUAGGGGUUUUGUUGUGGCAGACUGCUCGGCCAUUUUUCUUGAGGGAGCUUAAAUGUAGGCCGAUUUCAGACACGGCGUGAUAAAUAACAAUACUUUGUAUGAUAUUGAAUACAAUUCGGCUUAUUUGAAUAAGAUAUGUUGAAUUGCAUUAUGCUGGCUAUAUAAUACAUGUAUAUUUAUCUAACUGAAUUGCAUGUAAUCGGUGCAUGACGCUGUACUAGUACCAUUUCCUCGCAUUGUUAGCCAGCUGGCUACGUUAACUUAGCUAGUUAGCCAUUACUCUAUAGUGGACGCGCGGUUUUGUAAUUGAUGUGUUGUGAAAAUUCCACAUUUCAAGUGAUUCGAUUCCUAUUUAAAGGGGUAUAUAAUGUUAAUGUGAAGCAGAAGCGGCAACAGAUUGAAUGAAUGUGUGACAAUAUGGCGACUCCCAGAGAAGCAUGAAAAUAGUAAUCCACAGUAAACGGGUCUAAUUACAAAUGCUUUACGAGUAUUUAAUUGUGGUACACUUCAUCCACAGAUUUACCAAUAUGACUGUAGUGGGACAUGGCUGGUGUACGUUCUUGAUGAAGCAGUAGCUAAAUUAAGGUUUCAUCUAACACCGGUAUUAUUUGUCUUUUUCAUUUGUAUUCUCUUCCGCCAUUUUUCAGACUGGCGGAGGUUUGUUUGGUUGUUACAAGAUGGCGGCUCCCAUGAGUGGCACUGAUUAGUUCAGAGUUUUAACUGCAAAAUGCUACGGCAAAAAACAUGACAUUUAGAAGGAAAUACAAUACACCUUUGUUAUACGUUGAGUUGUGGUGUCGAAUACAUAUUUAUAAUUAUCUUUAGUUAGUAUUAUGUGUAUUGUGGUAAUAAUAGCCGGCUUUCCCCUUUUUGUGAAGCGUUAGUAAAAUGGCUGCUUCCCUGGAGUUUACAAUUACAAUAUUAUUUUUCACAUGCAUCGGUUUUGGUCCCAGCAAUCGAUUGCAUGUGCAGUCUUUACUUUGCAAAAUGUGUAUUGGCUUCACUUCGCAAGUAUCAACAAUAGACCUGAUCAGAACUUGUCAAUAUUGUUUUGGAAUGCUCUUUUAGCUGUAUUAUUUUUUUUUUCAUCUGAAGAGGACAUGACAUUUCCUGGUUCAAUGGUGUCUGGGACCACUGGCUCAACUCUGCAGCCACGAUGGAAGCGGGUUCUAGGAUGGUCUGGGCCUGUGCCUCGUCCAAGACAUGGUCACAGAGCCGUUGCUAUAAAGGAAUUGAUGGUGGUUUUUGGAGGAGGAAAUGAAGGAAUUGUGGAUGAAUUGCAUGUCUACAACACAGCGACAAACCAAUGGUUUAUCCCUGCGGUUCGUGGUGAUAUUCCCCCUGGAUGUGCUGCAUACGGUUUUGUUUGUGAUGGCACCCGGCUUCUGGUGUUUGGUGGAAUGGUGGAAUAUGGAAAAUACAGCAACGAUCUCUAUGAGCUACAGGCCAGCAGAUGGGAAUGGAAAAAGUUAAAAGCUAAGACUCCCAAAAAUGGCCCACCUCCCUGUGCUCGACUUGGCCACAGUUUCUCUCUGGUGGGCAACAAGUGCUUCCUGUUUGGAGGGCUGGCUAAUGACAGCGAGGACCCCAAAAACAACAUCCCUAGAUACCUGAAUGAUCUGUACACCCUGGAGCUUCGUGCUGGCUCCAGUGUUGUAGGCUGGGAUAUACCAAUUACUUAUGGCGUUUUGCCACCUCCUCGCGAGAGCCACACUGCUGUAGUGUACACAGAAAAGGAGAGCAAGAAAUCUCACCUGAUCAUCUAUGGAGGGAUGAGUGGCUGUCGUCUGGGAGAUCUAUGGACUCUUGACAUUGACACCCUGACCUGGACCAAGCCAUCGGUGAAUGGCACAGCACCUCUGCCCAGGAGUCUCCACUCUGCCAUCACCAUCACAAACAAGAUGUUUGUUUUUGGGGGAUGGGUUCCCCUGGUUAUGGAUGACGUGAAGGUGGCAACACAUGAGAAAGAAUGGAAGUGCACAAACACUUUGGCCUGCCUAAAUCUUGACUCCAUGGCCUGGGAAUCAGUGUUGAUGGAUACCUUGGAGGACAAUAUCCCAAGGGCCCGGGCAGGACAUUGUUCUGUGUCCAUCAACUCUAGGUUGUAUGUCUGGAGUGGCCGUGACGGUUACCGUAAAGCAUGGAACAACCAAGUCUGCUGUAAAGACCUCUGGUACCUUGAGACAGAGAGGCCACACGCUCCCUCGAGAGUGCAGCUUGUCCGUGCCAACACCAACUCCCUGGAGGUGAGCUGGGGCGCUGUGUCCACCGCAGACACCUACCUGCUGCAGCUACAGAAGUACGAUAUCCCAGCUGCCGCUGCUGCCACCUCCCCGGCCCUCACCGCCACCUCUUCUCUACCAGGGAACUUGCCCAAAAGCCCAGCUGCUCCCUCUGCUCAGAACCAACCACACACAGCAAUCUUGAAGGUUGCAGCCCCUCAGUCUGGCACGGGUACCUCCCUUGUCACUGUGCGAGCCAACCAGGCUGUGAAAUCCCCUGUCACUGUAACAUCACUUCCUCCAGUGGUUCAGAUGAUGGUUCCUGCCCAGAUUGCCCAAGGAACGCCAAUCGGCAAUAGCCCUCAGAUGAGUGGCAUGGCAGCUUUGGCUGCAGCUGCAGCAGCCACACAAAAGAUCCCGCCCUCUUCAGGCACUGUGCUCAACAUUCCAGCAGGUGCCACCCUUGUCAAAACCAUGGCUGUCUCCCCUGGCUCCACCACAGUCAAGAUGUCAUCUCCUCUCAUGGUCAGUAACCCAGCCACUCGCAUGCUGAAGACUGCUGCAGCUCAGGUGGGCACAGCGACUGUAUCGUCACCCAACUCGCUCAACCGACCCAUCAUCACUGUGCGCAAGUCAGGCACGGUCACCGUAGCCCAGCAACACCAGGUGGUUACCACCAUGGUGGGAGGAGUAACCAAGACAAUCACCCUGGUCAAGAGCCCCCUUACUAUGGGAGGCAGCGGCACUCUGCAGAUUUCCAGCCUUGGCAAGAUGAUAUCUGUGGUACAAACCAAGCCAGUGCAGACAUCAGCUGUUACAGGCCAGGCUUCCACUAACCCUCUAUCACAGCUCAUACAGACUAAGGGUUCUCUCCCUGCCGGCACCAUACUGAAGCUGGUGACUUCAGCAGAUGGCAAGCCCACCACCAUCAUCACCACGUCGCAGGCAGGGGGCACAGGGAACAAAUCCACCAUCCUGAACAUCAGCGGCAUGUCGCCCACCACAACCAAACAGGGCACCACCAUCAUCAAGACCAUCCCUAUGUCUGCUAUUAUGAACCAGCCUGGAGCCACAGUGACCAGCAGCACAGGGAAGAUGCCCUACACCAUUCUCACCACCAAGAUGAUGACCACUGGCACUCCAGGCAAAAUCAUCACUACCAUGCCUAAGCUUGGCACUGCAACUGGCCAACAGGGGCUGACACAGGUGGUUUUGAAGGGCGCUCCGGGCCAACCUGGCACCAUUCUGCGCACUGUACCCAUGGGUGGAGUCCGACUCGUCACCCCGGUUACGAUGACUUCUGUCAAGCCCAAUGUAACUACACUGGUCGUCAAGGGAACAACUGGUAUCACCACCCUGGGGACAGUCACAGGCACUGUCUGCUCCAGCCUGGCAGGGGGCAGUGUAGCCAGUGCCAAUGCCUCUCUGGCAGCUCCCAUCACCACCCUGGGCACCAUCGCCACCCUGCCCAGCCAAGUCAUUAACCCCACGGCCAUCACUGUGUCAGCGGCCCAGGCCAGUCUGACCACAGUCACUACCCUGUCCACCUCCACCAUGUCGGUGAACCAGCCAACCCAGGUGACUCUAAUCACCACCCCCAGCGGGGUUGAAGCUCAGCCAGUGCAGGACCUGCCCGUGUCCUUCUUGGCCUCCCCCACCUCUGAGCAGCCCUCCACUGAGGCCGGGGAGGCCCCUGGUACUGUCACCAUGGUCUGCUCCAACCCACCCUGUGAGACCCACAAGACAGGAACCACCAACAUAGCCACCACUGCGUCUGCUAACAUGUCAGUGUGCUCCAACCCUCCCUGUGAGACCCACGAGACUGGAACCACCAACACCGCAACGACCUCUUCCACCAACAUGGGAGGGGCAAUGAGGGUGUGUACAAGCCCUCCGUCAGAGACCCAUGAGACGGGCACCACUAACACCUCGACCACCGCCCACUCCAUCAUGGGAACUAACAAAAUGGAUACUGUCCAGAGUAGCUCAUCUCACCCCCCAUCUCUGUACUCCUCUACCCCUCAGACAACCACCUCUGCUUACCCCGGAACCGCCACAGGCAACCAGGGACCAGAGAACCUGUGUACCGGCACCACCUUCACCCCCGCCACAGCACGCUCUAACAUGGGCUCAGCCCAGACCGGCACUGUGCAGAGUCCCAAUCAGACAGCCGUGGGCCUUACAGUUUGCUCUAACCCACCCUGCGAGACACAUGAAACGGGCACAACCAACACUGCCACUCAGUCCUCGUCCGGCAUGGGUAACGGGCAGACUAGCACUGUGCAGAAAGUGUGCUCAAACCCACCCUGCGAGACCCACGAUACGGGGACCACCAACACCCCAUCCCAGGCCAGUUCCAACAUGGCUGGGAACCAGACAGGAACAGUGACGGUGCAGGGGGUGUGUUCAAACCCCCCCUGUGAAACCCAAGAGACUGGCACCACCAACACGGCAACUACUGCCACAGCAGAUGGAGCAGACGGUGGCACCAGCAGUACAGAGACUCCCUCCACUACUGCAUCAGGAACAACCCCAGCCACCACCCAGAGCAGAGCUAUCACUACUGUGACCCAGUCCACACCAGCCCCAGGGCCCUCAGUACCUUCCAUUUCUUUGAUCACUGAGGGUGCAGCAGUUUCCACAGAAGAGCCCAUGCAGACUGAUGCGGCCACAGAGGGGGGAGACACCGCUAUGGAGACUGGGCUGCCCCCAGAGCUGAUGUCAGAGGGACAGAUAGGAACAGGUCUGUCGGCAGAGGAGCUGGCUGCGACUGCAGCAGCACAGGCUGCAGCCACUGAGGAGGCCCAGGCCCGGGCCAUCCAGGCAGUUCUCCAGGCAGCACAGCAGGCUGCCAUGAACGAGGGUGAUUCUGGCUCGGACGGACAGCAGACCACCACAAUCCCCAUCGUUCUGACCCAGCAAGAGCUGGCGGCCCUGGUCCAGCAGCAGCAGCAGCUCCAGGAGGCUCAGGCCCAGGCUCAGGCCCAGCAGCAAGGAAACGCCCAAGCCCUGCCCACUGAGGGCCUGGCCCCCGCAGACAGCCUGAAUGACCCCACGUCUGAGAGCAACGGACACAACGAGAUGGCUGCAGCCGUUUCCAGCGCUGUGGCGUCACUGCUGCCGCGCACCUCCACGGAGACUCUGGCCCCCUCAAGCACAUUUGCUGUUUCCAGUCCAGCCAACCUGCAACCUGCAGCUUCUCUAGCAGAGGUUGCCAAUGGCAUCGAGGGCAGGAAGCUAAACCCUCAACCAGCCAAUAUCAAGACACUUGUAAAAAAAGAGAACCAGUGGUUCGAUGUUGGAAUUGUUAAGGUGACAAACAUGGUGGUCACACACUUCUUCAUCCCAGGGGAUGAUUCUCAAGUAGAGGAUGACUCGGGCGCCAUUCCAGACUAUAACCAGAUGAAGAAAAUGGAGCUGCAGCCUGGCACAGCUUACAAGUUCCGUGUUGCUGGCAUCAAUGCUUGUGGUCGUGGUUCCAUCUCAGAGAUCUCUGCUUUCAAGACCUGUCUACCAGGCUUCCCCGGAGCACCUUGUGCCAUCAAAAUCAGCAAGAGCCCAGAUGGUGCCCACCUCACCUGGGAGCCUCCUUCGGUGACAUCAGGGAAGAUCAUUGAGUAUUCUGUGUACCUGGCCAUCCAAAGCACCCAGACAGCCGAGCCCAAGACCUCCACCCCAGCCCAGCUGGCCUUCAUGCGGGUGUACUGUGGGCCCAACCCCUCCUGUCUGGUGCAGUCCACCAGCCUUUCGAACGCCCACAUAGACUACACCACCAAGCCCGCCAUCAUAUUCCGCAUUGCCGCGCGCAACGAGAAGGGCUAUGGCCCUGCCACACAAGUCCGAUGGCUGCAAGAGUCUAGCAAAGAUGGCGCCUCGGCAAAACCUGCCCCAAAAAGACCAGCAGUGUCCUCAUCUGAUGUUAAGGCUGCUGGUCAAAAGAAAGCAAGAACGGACCAGUGAGAUGGCCCAGAUGACCCCCCCCCCCCCCCCCCCCCCACUCGUUGUCCUUUUUGAACAGGAAGACUUCAUCCUCAUCCUGGCUUCACCCCAUCUACGAGUUGACCCACAACCAGCCAGCAACAUAAGCAAAAUGGCAGCAGAAACCCUAGAUGAAAAUCAACAAGAGAGAGAGUUCUGUAGGCAAGACUAUUUUUUUUGUAGAGCAACACAAAUUAAAAAAGCACAUUAUAGCUUUUACUUCAUUAGUCUUUUUUGUUUAUUUUCUUUGCUUUCCCCCUAGCUACUUUUAUUAUACAUAUUUUUGGCUAGUUUCAGUAGUUGUAGAGAAACAUUUGCAGCAUCACAAGCUGUGAGCCGGCCUGAGCUUAAUGUUACUUUUAUUUUUGCAUAUUUGGGGGGUUGUAGAGAGAGAGACUACAUGAGAUGAUGUACAGUUUGAGCAUGUGCUGAACAGGAGGUAGUGUUGGUUUAGAUGGGAGGAACCAUCAAAGCGGAAAAACAAAGCACUUGUCCUCAAAAGGGGAAAUGUUUUCCCUCAAGCGGAAAUGUUCUUCAAUUAAGAAACCAAUAUAUACAAACAUCAUACUGGACUCCAGUCUCCUGGUAAUCUCAUCACUGUGCUUUUGCCCCGAGAUGAGGACUGAUGGCUCUGAAGUGGAGAAAGGAUUUAAUGACAAAGGAAGACAUUUGUAGAGGAACAGAGACUUUGCUAAGAAUGAGACUUGCAGCAUACACACAACAAAUAUUGCAAAAUCUUCCCAAAAAUUUUGUAAGCGAUGAUGCAGAUCUUUGCGUAGUUUAUUUUUCUAUUUUUUAAGAUUUUCCCUGUGUCUAUCACCAUGCAUUUUUAAAAUGUAAACUACUUUUAUUUGUUUUGUUUAUUAUUGUUCAUCCCCAUAGUUCAAGUGUUUGUGGGAAGAGGGGUGGCAGUGCUGAGGUAGGCACUAUAUUUUAAAAUAUUUGUUUUGAUCAGUUGUAUGUUCUUGUUGUGUCAGAGUGUACGGAAAAAUUAAGGCUUUUGUAUUUGUGCUGACUAGGACCGCAGAUGUAAUAGGACUGAAGGGUAUUUGAAACAGACCCGUGGAGAGGAGUGCAUUUUGUUUACUACAUCUUCCAAUGUUUGUACAAACAUGGACAAUUUAAUGAAGAAAAAUAUUUUCAGUCCCACAUUCCUUCCUUCCCACCCCAAUACACCACCUUUCCAAUUAGUAAUCUGUAUACGCUUUGCUUUUGGGGUCAUUAAUUUGAGUACCCUACAUUUAUUUUAGACCAAGAAAGAAUAUAUUUGGAGACUUUUGUUCCUUAUACUGUUGCGGAAGAUGUAUGUGAAACCACCAAAUAAAACAUGUAUUACAUUUUUUUAGGCUCUGUAUUUUACCAAUUACAGAAGUGAGAUGUGCAAGUUAUUUCUGAGAAGUUUACCUGUAUGUCUUUAAAUUGGUAUGUCUUGGUGGGAAGGAAGAUGAAUAGGCAGAGUUUGGACUCACUUGUAAAUUAGUUCUUCCAUAGCAAGAAUAAAAUAUAUUUGCCUUUUAUACAA